AUGGUGUUAGUCCGGAGGAGGGCUGCGCCCGUCAGCUAUGCCGAGCCCAAGGGAGUAGAUGGGCUUGAGGAGGGCUCGGACCAGGAGCAGGAGCAGCAGCAGGAGCCCCGGGCCCGCAAGGCCACCCCCAGCAAGCCCCGCGCGCAGAAGCGCACCGCCCCCGAGGCGGCGGCCGACCUGCAAGAGGCGUCGCUGCUGGACAUUGUGAAGAAGCACGGUGCCUCCAUCGCCGUGGCGGCCAAGGAUUGGGUGGACCGGUACCGGGAGAGCCGCGGGGCAGCCACCGCCGAGCUGCUCACCUUCCUGCUGCAGGCGUGCGGCGUGGACAGCGUGCUGAGCGAGGAGGAUGUGGAGGAGGGGGAGGUGGAUGCACUGAAGCAGGAGCUGGACAGGCUGGCGCAGGAGGAGGGGCUGGAGGAUCACUGGAGGGGCACCAAGGCCGCCUCCAAGUCCUUCCGAGCCAACUACCUGGAGCUGUGGGACAAGGUGGUGCGCGAGGCGGCGGCUGCUGAUGUGGCGCUGUGGGACCAGUAUCUGCUGGACAAGCUGGCCUCCCUGCUCAUAGCGCUCAACACCUCGGUGGUGCGUGAGUUCCGCUGCGUGGCCACGCUGACGGCGGCGCAGCUGGUGACCAGCUGGAUCCACGUCAGCCUGGCGCUGGGGGAGGCGCGCGACACGGCGGAGCGCCAGCUGGCCGCGGAGCAGAGGAAGAAGGGGGGCGGCAAGGCGGGCGAGGAGCGCGUGGCCGCCUUCCGCCGCACCCUGGACCGCUGCCACUCUCGCGUGCAGGAGCUGAGGAGCUACACCGACUCAUUGUUCCAGGGCAUCUUCGCGCACAGGUUCAGGGACUGCUCCGAGGAGAUUCGUGCCACAGUGAUCGAGGGGAUCGGCGCCUGGGUGCGCCUCCACCCCGCCGCCUUCCUCACAGACCAGUACCUCAAGUACAUCGCCUGGGCGCUCAGCGACAAGGAUGCGGUGGUACGCCUGGCCAGCAUCACCGCCCUGCUGUCCCUCUACUCCAACCCCGACAACGGCGCCUCGCUGGCCGACUUCACCCACCGCUUUGCGCAGCGCUUUGGGGAGCUGUUCUACGACGUCUACGAGCGGGUGGCGGUCAGGGGGGUCCAGCUCAACACGCUGCUGGUGCGGCUGAAGGAGGCGCAGCCCAGCCAGUUUGCGCGCGUGUACGAGCUGCUGGCGGAUGAGAGCCACGCGGUGCGCCACGCUGUGGCGGAGCUGGUGGCCUCGGCCCUGGAGGAGCAGGGGCAGCAGGUGCUGCAGGCGGCCGCGGCCAACAAGUCGGGGGGCAAGCGGCAGCGUCGCAAGAGCGGGGAGGGCCCCGAGGCCAGCACCGCGGAGCUGCAGCUGGCGGGGGUGCUGCAGGUGAUGCACCUGCUGGCCAACCCGCCGCAGGAGCUGCCCGGCGGCGGCGGCGAGGAGGGGCAGGAGGAGGAGGGGCGGGAGGCGGCGCCCCUGGAUCGGGAGGUGGUGGCCCAGGUGGUGGACGCGCUGUUCGACAGGCGAGAAGACU